GGAUCAAAAAAAAAAAAAAAAGCUUCUCUCUCCCAGCUGCCUCCCAUCAGUUUUCCUUUGACUUGAGUUGCCAGUCCUGAACGGAUCUCUUUUUCCCUGCAAUUUACACGAUGGUUGAUCUUUGAUUUUGGGUCAAUAUAAACAGCUCCUUCUUUUGAAUUUGUUGUACUCAUCUUCGCUACGGUGCUCAAUUACUGCCAUUGUCUUGAGGCGUCAAUAGGGAGGAUCUGAAGCCAAGGACCAGGAUACAAUGCGCACACCGUCGCUGAUUGCUCAGUGCUUGCCUGGCUUGGUACCACAAGACCGGGGAAGUCACAGCACUUUCACCGUGUCCGAGAGAGAUGUGCAUCUCCCUUCACCAGCUGUCGAGAUUAUCCCAUCAAAGAUGGCUCACCCUUACAAGUAUGCAGGGGACAGCGUAGACUUGCAAGGGCUAAAUGUGUUCAAGGGGAGAAUUAGUGUUGCGGAUAUUAUAGGUUUUGCUGGCUCCGAAAUGAUAUCUUCAAAACCUGAUGGAUUUGUGAAAUCAUGGGACAGCUCAAUUGAUCUUGUUAAUGUCCUUAAGCAUGAGAUUCGUGAUGGACAAUUGAGCUUCAGAGGCAAAAGGGUACUUGAGCUUGGUUGCAGCUAUGGACUCCCAGGAAUCUUUGCUUGCCUGAAGGGAGCAGCUACAGUGCACUUUCAAGACCUGAAUGCAGAAACUAUAAGAUGCACAACAAUCCCUAAUGUACUGGCCAAUCUCGAGCAGGCUCGAGAUAGGCAAAUUCGACAGCCGGAGAGCCCCCUUCUGACUCCAUCAAGGCAAAGUCUUACCCCGGCAGUUCAUUUCUACGCCGGGGAUUGGGAAGAACUCCCCACUGUAUUGUCGGCAGUGAGGAGCGAUACUGGAUUUGAUGUUCCUACGGCAACAAGCGUCAGCUUUUCCGAGGAGGAUUUCAUGGAUGCUUUUAGUAGUCAAGAUGGGAGUAUUAUAGGGCAUGGAUCUUCUUCCUCUAGGAGAUCGAGGAAGUUGUCGAGAAGCAGGGCAUGGGAGAGGGCUAGUGAAACGGAGCAAGGGGAAGAAGGCGGUUAUGAUGUUAUUUUGAUGACGGAGACUCCGUACUCGUUGAGCUCUUUGAAGAAGCUAUAUGCUCUCAUAAAAAAGUGCUUGAGGCCACCCUAUGGAGUUGUAUUCUUGGCCACAAAAAGGAAUUACGUCGGCUUCAACAACGCGACUCGGCACCUGAGAAGUUUGAUGGAUGAGGAAGGCAUUUUUGGAGCACAUUUAGUCAAAGAGGUGACCGAUAGAGAGAUUUGGAAGUUCUUUCUCAAAUGAAUAAAAAGAAAAAACGUAAUAAGAUUAUUGCAGAAACCGGAAAAUGCUCCAAUAUUUAGGUUCUGUUGUUCAAUGUUAGUCACACUGUUUUUACAACACGUUUAUUCUUUUCUUUUUUUUCUCGCUUCUCUGUUCGUAAAACACAGCUCAGAAUUGAAAGGAGAUGCUAGCGGCUUCUUAUUUCGUCGUUGAUGUGUAAUUAAAUGAAUUGGUUACUGAACUUAUCUCACAUAUACAAGAACAUUCAAAUUUUCAAAUUAAUUUUUUCAUAAA